AUGAGAUUCAAAGGUAUUUCGAGUAAUGAUGCCUACGAAUCUCUAGUCUUCUUUCUUUUAAGUAUACCCGUGCGAACUCAACCUUCUAGUAGAAUCCCAAAAGCAAGCAGCUCAGGGUUGUCGAAGUAUUCGAGGCCAAGAGCUAGUGCAGCUGAUUCAUCUCCAUUUGACUUGCCUCUCAAGGAUGAUGAUAGCCUCGUUAGCUGCUCACCAUUUUCAGUUCCCAAUUACAUGACUCCAACAGUUUCAACCAAAGCCAAGGUGAGAGCCAGCAGUAAUCCUAAGGAGAGGUUUCCUGGUACACCGGGAAGCGAGCCGAAUAGGCGGCUUUCGUACCCUUUGACAGAAGGGACAGGGUCAUUCAAGUGGAGCAACAAAGGAUCAUUGUUUUCGGGCAAGGAUUCAAGCUCUCAAAGGGGCUUAGACAAGAACCAAUCACUUCAAUCUAUAGGCAAUUUGAGUGUGGAUUCAACCGUUUCUAUGCCUGCCACAGUUGGAAGAAAGCCAUUUAACCGAUUUGUGUGAUUUAUUUUUUUUACCCUUUAUUUUUAACCUUCAAUUACUUCUUCAUU